AUGAAGACUAUCAGUGUCAUAAGUAUGUAUCUAUCCGGAGCUGGAGAUCGUGGUGGUGGAAGAUUAACACUAUUCAGUAUACUGCUUGAAUCAACCCUGGACUUUUGUUCCCCGAGACUUGGAUCGAAUCUGGAUUUUAGUUUUCCAAGGCUUGGAUCAACCCUGGAUUUUCGUUCCCAGAGACUUGGACCAACCUCGGUUUUUUUAGAUUCGAAGACUUGGCCCAAGCCUGCUUUUUUGUUUGCCAAGGCUUGGGGACAUAGUUAUCAUCCUAAGCCUGGACCAAUCCUUGUCCCAAUGUUUAGCCAAGACUCGUGCCAAGCCUUACCCAAGGCUGUGAUGUGA